GUGUCCGGCGACCUCGCCCGGCUGCGCGGCGCCGUCUCGCUCGAGACGGAGGCGCGCUGCUGGGCGGCGCUCCGCUCGUACUGCAAGGCGGCGCGCGCGGCGAUGGGGGGCGCGCGCAAGGCGGACCUCGCCGAGGCGCGUUCCACCGCUUGCCCGCCGCGGCGCGCGCUAGCGCUGCAGCUACGCGCGGAGAAGAAGCGGCUCCUCUCCGAGCUCGAGGCGGCGCUCGUGGCAGUCGAGAGCCGCUCGCGCAAGGCGGGCAAGCCGCUGUCGACUGUGGCGAUGCCUUGA